UCAUGGACUUCUACUACCACGAGCCGACGUGCGUAGAGGAGUGGACCGACGGCGACCCACGCCCUGCGUUUGUGAAGAAUGUGCACUACAUGUACUUUGCACUGAUCUUAUUCUGGCUAACCAUCAUCACAGCAGUCAUCAUCAGCCUGAUGACAGCACCACUGCCAGAGAAACACUUGGUGAGAACAACGUACUGGACUCGAAAUGACCCUCAUGAAGUUGAGGACAAAGACCAUGUUGAUGAGACAGCAGGAAUUCAUGAUGAUGAGCAGAGAGAAAUUGAGAUCCCAUUGCAGGAAAAGAACAAAGAUGAAAGUACACGGGUGGACGGAAAAACAGAAUUACAAGUGGAGCAUCAUGUGGCGACUUACACAUUUC